UUAUUAAGUUUUUACAAUAUUUAGAACCAUUAUAAUUUGAUAUUAAUUAAUAAAAUAUAUCAAUGUUAUAUUAUAAACUAGAGACAUUUUAAAUUUAGUCUUUUUGGUUAUUAUUUCAUCGUUUAUCGUAAAUAUUUCAGCAAUGUGUUCGAUAAAUGGAUCGGCAAGUAAUUAACAAGAACAAGUUCAAAAUGGAGCCGAAUGCUCAACUUUAACAAAGGUGUGUUUUUAAUAAAAUAAUAUCUAAACCUAGAUCCCAUUGGCAGACACUUUGGAAUGACUGUAUUCUAGCCGCUGCAACGUGACGAUAUUUGAAGUUGUGUUUCCUUGGACAAUUACCAUCCUAUAGAGGUCAGUCCCCUAACACCUAGAAGGAUGGACGGAGCAGAAUCUGUCCGGUCGGGUCGCAGUGACCGCUCCGAGAGAUCGCACCGAAGUCACAGCAGCCAUCACAGUAGACAUCAUCGGCAUCGCCAGCACGGGUCCUCAACACAUUCUCAAGGUCACAGGGGACGAAGUUCAGAUCGGGUACGGGAUGAUCGGUCAGUAACAAUUCAAACACCAGGUAAUGGUUCUGAUGUUGAUAGUCGGAUCGCAGAAAGUGAAAAAAUUGAAGUUCAGAUAUUACCGCAGGAUGACAACUGGGGUGAUAACACAACUGCUUACACAGGAAACACAAGUGAAACUGGGUUCUCCAUGGACGAUAUGAGAAAAUUUGCUAAAGAAAAUUUUGAUGAAGAUAAUGGUGGAUUUGACUGUUGCAGAUAUUUAAGUACAGGACUAGCUGCCAUACUCAGUUUGUUAGGAUUUUUUUCACCCAUCGCUAUGGUAGUGUUGCCAAGACUUAAGAUAGGUGGUUGGGAGACCACAACAUGUACAGUAGAAUGUGAAGGACUGCUUAUCAGCAUGGCAUUCAAGCUGCUAAUUCUUUUGAUUGGCACAGUAGCUUUGUUCUUUCAUGCUCCUCGAGCCACCAUGCCCCGAGUGUUUGUUUUCAGAAUAGUAGUGUUAUUUCUGGUUUUUGUACUGACAUUUGCGUUUUGGCUCUUCUAUGGAGUAAAAAUCAUGCAGGAGAAAGAACCAUCAUAUUACAGCAUUGUACAAUUUUCUGUCCAUCUAGUGGAUGCGUUAUUAUUCAUUCAUUACAUCGCAAUUAUACUGUUGAUCAUUCGACAAAUACAGCCUCAGUUUGUAAUUCACGUUGUCAGAUCACCGGACGGUGAAAGUCAUACCUAUACACUUGGACAUUUAAGUAUUCAACGUGCAUCUGUAUGGAUUCUUGAACAAUAUUAUAAAGAUUUUCAGGUUUUCAAUCCAUAUUUGGAAAAUGUUAUGAAAAAGCCAAUGAAAGUGAGUGGUUUGAAAUUUUAUGAGGUAGAUGGUGUACAGCAACCUAAUAACCACGCAAGAUCACGGGCAAUGUUUGCAGCAGCUGCACGGAGGAGAGAUGCUAGUCAUAAUGACCGGUUUUAUGAAGAGCAAGAAUAUGAUCGUCGUGUCCGGAAAAGGCGAGCACGGUUAGUUACAGCUGCAGAGGAAGCUUUCACACACAUUAAACGCAUGCAGGAUGAAAAUGGACCAGCAAUAGCGAUGGACCCUCAGGAAGCUGCUCAAGCUGUCUUUCCUUCCAUGGCACGACCAUUACAGAAAUAUCUACGCGUAACACGUCAGCAACCGCGCUACACGAUGGAGUCAGUACUAUCGCAUCUUGCUACGUGUAUAAGUCAUGAUCUCAAUCCUAAAGCGUUUAUUGAGCGCUACCUCACACAGGGUGUCGUUAUCAUGAACAGUAAAGAUUAUAAAGAUACGCAAAAAUGGGUGUUAGUUUGUGAUCAACUUCUUACACGUGAGAUUGAGCACGGUACAAUAUUUCAGCUGCGACAAAAUGACGUGUCUUUAUUGUGUUCUGUUAGAAAGUUGCCUCAUUUUAAUAUAACGGAGGAAGUUAUAGACCCAAAGUCGAACAAGUUUGUUUUAAGGCUGAAUUCGGAAACCUCUGUGUAAGGAAUGUUGCGUAACCAUAGAUGAUUAUAAUGUGAUGCCAUUUUUGUACAGUGAUAUUGAAUCAAAACAUUACAGUGAUAAUGCUAGAACGUUACAGAUGAUGAAUACUAUUGUCUGGAUAGGAGAGUUUCUCAGCAGCUCUAUUUAAAGUAAAGAAUGUAAGUGUAUGAGUAAAAAGUUUAAGAUGGAACAAUGAUCAUUUACAUUGCUGUACAAGAACCGUCCUUGCUUAUCAAGGAGCAAUGAAAAGAAAAGAUUAUUGGGGGAACGUUGCUAGUGACCAAACAAAGACGAUACAAAUAGUAAUCGUUAAAAUAUAACAUUAAAAAUGAAACUGUGUAAGAUUGAUAUUCACUGUAUAAAUGACUAGAGUUGUGUAUAAAUGAAUACAUUAAUUGUAAGAUUGUUAAUUAAUGGUUUUAGAUAUUGACCAAAGGUUUCAUUUUUAUAAGUUGUGUAGAAAUUUAUCAUAUUGAUGUGUAACUGGAAGUAAUGCAUAUGUUGCAUAUAUGAUAUUGUGUAAGUGUUGUGAAUUUUCUAUAUGUCACAUAUAGCUUGUUUUAUGUCAUGAUUAUUUUUGUCUAUUGGUGCUUUAUAAAUGAAUAUCCAUAUUCAUAUUGGUGUUUUUUUAUAACUGUGUGACAGUGGUUAACCUGACCAAGUAUUUCCCUCAUUUACUAUAUUAGAUUUUUAUUUUAUUUUGAAAGACAAAAUGCUUGAAGAAUUAUUUUGCAUCCUGUCUAAUGGAUAUAGUUUAGAUAUUGAAGAAAAAAAAUAGGCAUCAGUCAAUAGAUUUGUUAAAUUGAUUUUAGGUUAUAAGAUAAACGUUGGAUAGAAGGUACAUUAUAAGUAUACUUUACAGGGAGGUCAGGGUGAAGCAUCUGAAAACUUUAACUUUAAUCUCAAGUGUUUAUGUUCAGCAUCUUACUAAGCUUGUUUUAGUCCCUACUGCUUACUUUGAUUAUUUUUAACGUUUAAAAUACAGGCAAAUAACAAGAAGAUAGGUUCAAUUAUUUUUUUACCAGACGUUAAAAUUUCCUGGCAAUCCACUGAUGCAGCAUGUGCAAACACAAUUUUCACUCUAUAUCUGUGUUUCUAUAAAUGUUUUACUAGUGAUAUUUUAACUGUUUUAUCAUACAUUGGGUCAGUAGCCAAACUUGUUUUUUUUCCUAAGCACGAGCUGGCGAAAUACAGAAAUUUGUAUGAGCAUACAUUAUUCUGAAUUUUUAUCUGGAUCUGUAUCUCUAUUUAAAAACUUUAAAUUCAGCACACAAAAAAUUACCUUGAAGAAACAUUUACUUUACACUUGUUAGUUCCUUCACAUAGAUCACUGGUCAUGACCAAAGUUGAAAAAUUAUCACCUCACCACUGUUUAAUGUGUAAGUUUUGAUAAAUAUGAAACUAAGCUGUUUCUAACAUUGACUGUCCUUAUGUAUAAUCACUUUUCUUAAUAAAAACAUACAUAAAACAUAAUACAAUGUUAGUAGAACCAUACAUAGAUCCAUGGUUAAAAGGGAGUUAUCAAAGUCUUCUACCAGUAGAUUGUACAUAAAAAUACAUUCCAAAAGAACAUACAAUAAAGUCAUGGUUAUAAGAACCAAACAUUAACCCAUGAUUAGAAAAAAACAUACAAAUAGAACCAUACUUGAAUCCAUUGUUCAUAGGUUUAAUAUACUGAAUAUAAAGCCAUGAUAAGUAGAAUUUUACAUGAAGUCAUGGUUGAUAAAACCUUAGUAAACAGAAAUCCAUGGUUUGACCCAACAAAAUGAUUGUAAAUAGUCAUGACCUUACAAAAUACCAUCAUUUUAUAUGGAAAUAUUAAAGUAUUUAAUUACUAGGCUGCUACAAUUCUGUGCCAUUUUUUAUCAACCUUUUUUAUAUUUUUUUGUUAUACAUGCAAUUUGUGGUGUUGUGAAAUAUUUCAAAAAUAACAAUUUUUUAUUAGACAUAAAAUUUCUGGUGUUGUGAAAGUUUACAAAAAUACAAAAUUUACCCAUUUUACCUCAAAAGGUGUUGUGGAUUCUGUUAUAUGAAAAUUAGAAAAGAAAUUUUCUUAAAUGUUUUUCUUUUUAUUAUGGGGGGGGGGAUGAUAAUGUAGGUUACAACUCACAAUAGCAUAAAAUUAUUCACUUUUGAUUAUUUGUAAUUCAUUUAUUUUUUUACAGUUUGUUUAAUCAAGUGUGUUAUGUUUAAGUACCAAAAAAACGUACACUAUGCCCUGAAAAAUGUCUCUCUAGUAUGGUAUGUUUACUUUGAUUGAAAUUUUUAGUAUAUCCCCUCAAUAAAGUUAACAUUGAGUUUCAGGCUUUCAUUUGACAGCAUCUUCCAUGUUUAUAUAUUUAGUUUUAUGGAGACAAACAAAAAAAAACUAUAAAGAUAUACUUAUAAAAUUUGCAUUUGUAUACAGCUGAAAUCUUUAAAUAUUAAAGUAACAUAGAAAUAUUAUGUUCAUUAUUACAUAUAUUAUAACGAUAUCAUGUUUUCAUAUUGUUAACUGCUUCCUGAAGAGAGAAAGUUUUAAAACUGCCUUAGCAUUGAUCUGAAAAAUCAUCUAUCUCUCCUGUGGAAUGUUUAUAUAUUCACACUAUCACAGUACAGUGUUUAUAAUCAAGUAAGAUCUUUUCCUCUCAUUAUGUAAAUGCUAUGUAAUGAAAUAUGUGAAUUUGAGAAUUGUGUCAUAGGUGAUUUGUUUACAAGCGCUAUGUUUAUGGAUGCAUUUAUAAAUCAAUGUAUUGUGUACCUACAUACUGCAACAGUCAUUUUGAUACGAACCUGUGUUAAGCGUCACCUCUAAAUAAAGAUUUGUAUAUACACAGACAGGGUUGACCGUAAUCCAUGAUUUUGAUCACUAUAUUUUAUUGUAAGAAAUUUUAACAUUUUACUCCUUAACCUGCUGAAUUUGUGAAAUAGAUUUUCCCUGCUUUGAAUAUAAAAUGUUCCAUUUUAAAUUAAAGGGAUUUCAUGGGGAAAAUGUAAAAAUUGACUUGCAUACAGUAUAGAGACUGGUCAGACUGCACAUAUGUCUAGGCUGGCGAGUCUCUAUACUGGUGGCAAUGGCUGGUCAUUUUCUCUUCUAACAGUUAUAAAAAUAACAGGACAAUAAAUUAAAAACAAAUAAUAAGUAAAACUAUAGGGAAUUGUUGAUGAUAAAUUUAUUGUUGAUGUCAAAAAGUAUAAAAAACAAAUCUUGCAUUUAUACUCUUGUCAACUUUUCUCUUUAUCAUUUAAGUGGAAAUAUGACGUUUUCUUUUAGACAGCUAUUAACUGUUUGUAAAUAGAUAAUUCAAGCUAAUAUCAGUUUUGAUAAAAAUGAAGUGGAUAAAAUCAUUGAAGACUAUUUUUAUCUUGUUUAUAUGUGACACAUGACCUAUUUUGUAUGAUAAAUAAUGAAGGAAAUCAUGUAAGCCAUUCAUAUAAUUGUAAGUAUAUUUGUCCAUUGCAUAUGAUUGUAAUAAUAAAAGGAAUUAACUUUACACAGUGUUUCAACAAAUGAUUAGUUAUUGGUUGGAAUAUUUUGCAUAUCAACCAAUAAAAAGGUUGUUCUCAUGUACAUUGGUUUUUAGUUUCCAAUUUUUCUCAC